GUUCGCAGGGACGUCACGUCCGCACUUGAACUUGCAGCUCAGGGGGGCUUUUGCCAUUUUUUUCAUCUCUCUCUCUUUCUCUCUCUCUCCCCCUCUAUCUCUCCUCUCUCUCUCUCUCUUUUUUUUUUUGCUUAAAAAAAAAAGCCAUGACGGCUCUCCCACAAUUCAUCUUCCCUGCGCCAUCUUUGUAUUAUUUCUAAUUUAUUUUGGAUGUCAAAAGGCACUGAUGAAGAUAUUUUCUCUGGAGUCUCCUUCUUUCUAACCCGGCUCUCCCGAUGUGAACCGAGCCGUCGUCCGCCCGCCGCCGCCGCCGCCGCCGCCGCCCGCCCCGCAGUCCACCAUGUCUCGCCGCAAGCAAGGCAAACCCCAGCACUUAAGCAAACGGGAAUUCUCGCCCGAACCUCUUGAAGCCAUUCUUACAGAUGAUGAACCAGACCACGGCCCUUUGGGAGCUCCAGAAGGGGACCAUGACCUCCUCACGUGUGGGCAGUGCCAGAUGAACUUCCCAUUGGGGGACAUUCUUAUUUUUAUCGAGCACAAACGGAAACAAUGCAAUGGCAGCCUCUGCUUAGAAAAAGCUGUGGAUAAGCCACCUUCCCCUUCACCAAUCGAGAUGAAAAAAGCAUCCAAUCCCGUGGAGGUUGGCAUCCAGGUCACGCCAGAGGAUGACGAUUGUUUAUCAACGUCAUCUAGAGGAAUUUGCCCCAAACAGGAACACAUAGCAGAUAAACUUCUGCACUGGAGGGGCCUCUCCUCCCCUCGUUCUACACACGGAGCUCUAAUCCCCACGCCCGGGAUGAGUGCAGAAUAUGCCCCGCAGGGUAUUUGUAAAGAUGAGCCCAGCAGCUACACAUGUACAACUUGCAAACAGCCAUUCACCAGUGCAUGGUUUCUCUUGCAACACGCACAGAACACUCAUGGAUUAAGAAUCUACUUAGAAAGCGAACACGGAAGUCCCCUGACCCCGCGGGUUGGUAUCCCUUCAGGACUAGGUGCAGAAUGUCCUUCCCAGCCACCUCUCCAUGGGAUUCAUAUUGCAGACAAUAACCCCUUUAACCUGCUAAGAAUACCAGGAUCAGUAUCCAGAGAGGCUUCCGGCCUGGCAGAAGGGCGCUUUCCACCCACUCCCCCCCUGUUUAGUCCACCACCGAGACAUCACUUGGACCCCCACCGCAUAGAGCGCCUGGGGGCGGAAGAGAUGGCCCUGGCCACCCAUCACCCGAGUGCCUUUGACAGGGUGCUGCGGUUGAAUCCAAUGGCUAUGGAGCCUCCCGCCAUGGAUUUCUCUAGGAGACUUAGAGAGCUGGCAGGGAACACGUCUAGCCCACCGCUGUCCCCAGGCCGGCCCAGCCCUAUGCAAAGGUUACUGCAACCAUUCCAGCCAGGUAGCAAGCCGCCCUUCCUGGCGACGCCCCCACUCCCUCCUCUGCAAUCCGCCCCUCCUCCCUCCCAGCCCCCGGUCAAGUCCAAGUCAUGCGAGUUCUGCGGCAAGACGUUCAAAUUUCAGAGCAACCUGGUGGUGCAUCGGCGCAGCCACACGGGCGAGAAGCCCUACAAGUGCAACCUGUGCGACCACGCGUGCACACAGGCCAGCAAACUGAAGCGCCACAUGAAGACGCACAUGCACAAGUCGUCCCCCAUGACGGUCAAGUCCGACGAUGGCCUCUCCACCGCCAGCUCCCCGGAACCCGGCACCAGCGACCUGGUGGGCAGCGCCAGCAGCGCGCUCAAGUCCGUGGUGGCCAAGUUCAAGAGCGAGAACGACCCCAACUUGAUCCCGGAGAAUGGGGACGAGGAGGAAGAGGAGGACGACGAGGAAGAGGAAGAAGAGGAGGAAGAGGAGGAGGAGGAGCUGACGGAGAGCGAGAGGGUGGACUACGGCUUCGGGCUGAGCCUGGAGGCGGCGCGCCACCACGAGAACAGCUCGCGGGGCGCGGUGGUGGGCGUGGGCGACGAGGGCCGUGCCCUGCCCGACGUCAUGCAGGGCAUGGUGCUCAGCUCCAUGCAGCACUUCAGCGAGGCCUUCCACCAGGUCCUGGGCGAGAAGCAUAAGCGCGGCCACCUGGCCGAGGCCGAGGGCCACAGGGACACAUGCGACGAAGACUCGGUGGCCGGCGAGUCGGACCGCAUAGACGAUGGCACUGUUAACGGCCGCGGCUGCUCCCCGGGCGAGUCGGCCUCGGGGGGCCUGUCCAAAAAGCUGCUGCUGGGCAGCCCCAGCUCGCUGAGCCCCUUCUCCAAGCGCAUCAAGCUCGAGAAGGAGUUCGACCUGCCCCCGGCCGCGAUGCCCAACACGGAGAAUGUGUACUCGCAGUGGCUCGCCGGCUACGCGGCCUCCAGGCAGCUCAAAGAUCCCUUCCUUAGCUUCGGAGACUCCAGACAAUCGCCUUUCGCCUCCUCGUCGGAGCACUCCUCGGAGAACGGAAGCUUGCGCUUCUCCACGCCGCCCGGGGAGCUGGACGGAGGGAUCUCGGGGCGCAGCGGCACGGGAAGUGGAGGGAGCACGCCCCAUAUUAGUGGUCCGGGCCCGGGCAGGCCCAGCUCAAAAGAGGGCAGACGCAGCGACACUUGUUCUUCACACACCCCCGUUCGGCGUAGUACCCAGAGAGCUCAAGAUGUGUGGCAGUUUUCGGAUGGAAGCUCGAGAGCCCUUAAGUUCUGAGAAAAUUUGAACCCCCAGGGGCGGGGUGGACGUGUGCCGCCCAGCCGACAUCUGCGUGGUCUGUCAUCCUGCUAGUUUGUGAUGUUUUCUGACAGUAGACUCCAAGAAGCCGUUGUGCGAAGACAGAGUCCUGCAGCGUCCUUCCUACCCGGGCCUGCAGUGCCAUUUUAUUUAUAUUUUUUAAUAAAAAGUAAAAACAAAAAAACAGACCCACAUUGGAACAGUGAAUCAGUCCCAUAUUGAGGGCCCAUGGACCAUCGCUGUCCUGAGUGCCGUCCUGGCCCUUCUGAGACCAGCCAACCUAAUUCCCCGUAUUGUGGAAAUGCGCAUGAGUCCCCCAGACCCCUUGUUUCUAUACAUUCUAUGUUGUCUUUUAAAAAGUGUGCUUAACAUUGACACAAUAAAUGUUGGAGCUUUA